AUGCCGAACACUGGUAUUGCUCAUUUGCAAAGUUUCGUCGAAGGGGACAACUUUGUGGAAUACCUCAUGAGAGCGGAUUUUUUCUUCGAGGCCAACAAAAUCACUUCCGACGAUGAAAAGCGUGCCCUUUUGUUGACUGCAAUUGGAAAGAAGACCUUCUCAUUGCUUCGCAACUUACUUCAGCCGAAAGAAAUAAAAGAUGUAAAAUAUGCCGACAUUGUGAAAGUUUUAACCGAUUACUAUUCCCCGGCUUCUUCAACCAUUAUGGAAAGGUUUCGCUUCUACAAUCUCAAACAAGGUAAUGAAGAUAUUUCAACGUUCAUUGUAAAAAUAAAGGAACUCGCCAGCAAGUGCAACUUCGGUGCAUUUCUAAACGACGCACUUCGAGAUAAAUUGGUUUGUGGAUUACAGUCCGAACAAAUUCAAAACAAAUUACUCAGUGAAAAAGACGUUGAUUUUGCUAAAGCUUCUGAACUGGCUCUUGCUAUGGAAACAGCAUCUAGAGAGACCAAGUCACUAAAAGAAGAAAAUCAAAGCGUCCUCAAAAUUCAUGAGUAUAAGAAAGUAAAACCAAAAGAUUCGACACGGAAGAAUUUUGGAAAGCCAACAUAUCCUCAUCAAAUUACAAAAGUAAUAAAAUCGUGCAAGCACUGUGCUAAAUUUCACAGAGGAGAGUGUAAAUUCAAGAAUGCUACGUGUUAUCAAUGUGGUGUAAAGGGUCACAUUAAGCCUGCAUGUAAAGCUUCAAAUACGAAUUUUCUUGAAGGUGCUGCAAAUGUAAGUGAUAAACCAGAACCUUAUUUGAAUAACAUUUUUUCUAAAAAUUCGGGUAACGUAAGUGUGAGUGAACAAUCAGAACAUUUGAAUAACAUUGUUAUGUCUAAGAAUUUGGGUAGCGUUAACCCAUACACUACUAAUGUUCAUAUCAAUGGGGUGAAAGUGAAUAUGCAAAUUGACACUGGCAGUGAAUAUUCAAUUAUUUCGUUAAAUAAAUUUAAAAAAUUGAAAUUAAAUUACAUAGAGUCGAAACCAGCCCCAAUAUUGAAAUCUUACACUAACAAUGAUUUAAAAAUUGUAGGAAAUUAUGAUGUACCCGUAAUUUAUUUGAAUAAGUGUUACAGUUUACCAUUAAUUGUGGUUGAUUGUGAUAAUGAUAAUAAGCCUAUUUUGUUAGGUAGAAAAUGGAUCAAAAUAUUGAAAAUUAAGAUUGAUGAUUGUAUAAAUAUGGUAUUUGAUAAAAAUGUAAAUUUUGAUAAUGUUUCUUCUACUGUUGAGUAUUUUAAGCAUAAAUAUCCAAAUUGUUUUAAUUUAAAUGAUACAACUGGUAUUUUGGGUGUACCUAUUAAUAUAGCAAUGAAAUCGGAAACUAUUCCCAUUUUUUGCAAAAGUAGACCAGUCCCUUAUGCUUUAAGAAAUCUUGUUGAUAAGGAGUUGGAUACUCUUAUUAACAAUGGUGUUUUGUACCCUGUUGGUCAUUCCAAAUGGGCAACACCAAUAGUUGCUGUUCCCAAACUUGAUGGAAAUGGUAGGGAAGCUGUUAGAAUUUGCGGGGAUUUUUCACUUACUGUCAACAAGUUUUGUGAAACUCAAUUUUAUCCUCUACCAUCUCAGGAAGAAAUUAUAACUAGUAUGGGAAGUGGGAAAUAUUUUUCUAAAAUAGACUUAUCAAAAGCUUUCCAUCAGAUUCAAAUUAGCCCUGAAUCACAGGAAUUGCUAACAUUAAAUACCCCCAGAGGUUUACUCAGGUAUUCUAAACUUCCUUUUGGGAUCAAAUCAGCUUCUUUUCCAACAAAAGAUGGAUGA